AUGGCCGCUGUAUUGGCUCUCGUUUUGGCGUUGAAAACGAAAGAGUUUCACUCGAAUUUUCUCAAUAUUUUUGUGAAUUCUCUAAUUCUGACGAUGAUUCACGAGGUGGCAGGUUUCGUGCAAGCAUUUGUUGAAGUCACAGGACAAGCUCAAAAGCUCCAUAUAGUGAUCACCGUUUGUCUUUGGGUUCGAAAUUAUCAUAUCUGCACAAUUGUCAUCACGAAUAGUGUCUGGGUGAUGGAGAGGAUGUUUGCCACGUAUAAAAUUUAUGAUUACGAGACGAAAAAGUACAUUUUUAUCUCAGUGUUUUGUUUGGCUGAGAUUCAACUUUCGUCGAUGAUUUGGGUCUACAUUUGGAGUACAGACGUUUUCCCUAUCGAUUCGAUGAUCGCUUUGGCCGUACUCAGCCAUUUAUUCCCACUAAUCACAAUCUAUUUUGUGCAUAAAUUAAACAAAAAACUUGAUGAAAAGCGUUUAUCCGAGUAUUGUUAUGUCAGCUAUUCCCUGUCACAACGAUUUCAAUUGGAGGAGAAUCUCAGAACGAUUACGUUUGUUCGAAAUGUUUUCCUCUUCACGUUGGCUUUCGAUUAUCCGAUUAUGGGUUUCAUUUAUAUCUACAACAAGGCGGAAACUGAAGCGGAUCGAUGCUUCUGGUCGAUGUUUGUUGACGGGUUUUGUUUAACAUAUGCCUUUUUUUAUCCACUUCUCUACGUGGUGAGCAGUCCAAAAUGUCGAGAUUUUCUUCAAUUUUAUUACAAUCGACACUUCCAACGACCUAGGACAGCCGAUUUGGAAUAUGUGGUCUCGGUCGAUAAGCGAGUAAUGUGUCAAAUCGAACAGGACAAUCAUUUUGCAUUUUUACAACAGAUUUGGGGUGAAAAUCCGAGAAAUGAUAAGAAA